AUGAUCGCGUCCACGAGCGCCGUUGCCCGUAUCGCCCUGCGGCCAGCCGCCCGCCCCAUCGCCCGCGUCGCCAUCGCGCACUUCUCCUCCUCGUCCUCCGCUCGCUCGACCCCCCCUCCCCCGCCUGCCGGCAAGGGCAAGGCUCCGGCUAGGCCCGCCUCCAGCCUCAAGGCUGGUACCGCGAUGCCCGGCCUCAACGUCUUCAAGGACGGCGCCGACCCCGUCGCUCUCGCUGACGAGGAGUACCCCGCCUGGCUGUGGACCCUGCUCGAGGAGCCCAAGGGAGCAGCAGAGGGCGAGUUUGACUUUAUCGCUGAGCGCCGCAAGAUCCGCCAGUCCAACCGGACAAAGAUCAAGGCGUCCAACUACCUCAAGACGACGUAA